UAGGAUCAACCGAUGAGAUUGUGGGAACAAACAGCUCAUGACGAGACACAUUUCAUUUGUUCUUGUCACUGUUUGGUGAAUUGUCACUGUGAUUUGUACAUUCCGUAUUUAUGUAUUGAAAAUUUUGCUAAUUGAUAAUUAAUGUGUGCAGACGAUUGUUUAAGUAAAAAUUCUUAUUUAAGCAUGGGUUGCGCGCGCAUCCUCCACGUCCUCCGCCGGUGCAAGCGUCUCGAAGAUGGUGACAACUCGACGCAACUCGCCCGGUGUUUAGGCCUUCUAGAUCUAACUGCCCUGGGUGUAGGCAGUACAUUAGGUCUUGGUGUUUAUGUGCUAGCUGGGGCAGUAGCGAAGACGGUAGCUGGACCCGCUGUGACGUUAAGCUUUCUGGUCGCUGCAAUAGCUUCAGCUUUUGCAGGUCUAUGCUAUGCCGAGUUCGCGUCCCGAGUCCCCAAAGCGGGCUCCGCAUACGUGUAUAGCUACGUUAGCGUCGGCGAGUUCAUUGGCUUUACUAUAGGAUGGAACCUCAUCUUGGAGUACGUGAUAGGAACAGCCAGUGUGGCUAAGGGCAUGGCGAACUAUAUCGACAGCCUGACGAACAAUAGUAUGGCACGAGCGAUGACGGAAUGGGCGCCCAUGCACGUCGGGUUCAUGGGGGGGUAUCCGGACUUCUUCGCGUUUGCGCUGGUUCUUCUGAUUACUUUGCUGUUGGCAGUAGGAGUGAGAGAGUCUACGAAACUUAACAACGUGUUUACGGCUCUCAACAUGAUAACUGUCAUCAUUGUGGUCAUCGCUGGAGCCGUCAAGAGUGACAUAGCCAACUGGCGCAUCAAACUGGAAGACAUCCCCGAAGAAUACCGCGACAAGGCCGGCGCGGGCGGGUUCAUGCCCUGGGGCAUUGCCGGCGUCAUGGCCGGCGCUGCUAAGUGCUUCUUCGGUUUCGUCGGCUUCGACUGCGUGGCUACGACUGGUGAAGAAGCGAAAAAUCCGAAGAGGGAUAUACCGCUGUCGAUUGUCAUGUCGCUGGUGGUGAUCUUCGUGUCAUACUUCAGCAUCGCGACGGUCUUGACUAUGAUGUGGCCGUAUUACUUACAGGAUGCCGACGCACCCUUCCCCCACGUGUUUACCGAGGCCGGCCUCCCCGUCAUCAAAUGGAUCGUGACCAUCGGCGCCAUCUUCGCUCUCUGCACCAGCCUGCUCGGUGCCAUGUUUCCUCUACCAAGAGUCCUGUAUGCCAUGGGCAGCGAUGGGGUGCUGUUUAGGCCUUUGGCGACCAUCCAUGGAUGGACCAAAACACCUUUGUUGGCGACAUUCCUUAGCGGAUUACUAUCAGCGAUAAUGGCAGCCUUGUUUAACCUCAACCAGCUGAUCGACAUGAUGUCUAUCGGCACCCUGCUGGCUUACACCAUCGUUGCUACCAGUGUCCUCAUUCUAAGAUAUGAACAGGAGCCAGACCUCUCCAUCACCAGCAUGAAACCAGUGCCAGAGACGCCGUACUCCGUGGCCAAGCAGAGCUUCAACCUUCUCGGCCUCAAGAGGCCUACAAACUUGUCGGCCUCCAUCGCCAAGUCUUCCAUUAUUAUACUAUUCAUCCUAGCUCUGAUGACCUGCAGUCUUCUAACUUACGAGCACGGGAGCGCGCUGGACGCGGCGCUCGGAGCCUUAGGAGCUGCCCUUCUAGUGCUGCUAAUAAUUCUGUACCGACAACCGAGGCAGAGUACGGCGCAUCUUAGCUUCAAAGUGCCCCUCGUGCCGCUGGUUCCGUACCUAAGCGUAUGUAUGAACGUGUAUCUCAUGGUGCAGUUGGACUACCAAACCUGGGUGCGGUUCAUCGUGUGGCUGGUUAUAGGAUACGCAAUAUAUUUCUUCUACGGCGUAAGAAACAGUUCUCUGAACGAGACUAGUGUACCCACGAGCAACGGAAAAACCGAGGGCAAACAGGUUACCACCAAGUUCUGAUCGAGGGACUACUUAGGACUUUAUACUUUUGGGACCUAUUCACGUGGACUUUUUAGGAUAUGAUUGUAGGAAGAUGGUUUUCUGUCCUGUUUCUACAAGUUUGUAAAGAAAUGCAUACUUUUAGGUAUGUAAGUAAUUUAAAUAUGUAAUUGGGUGAUUAAAAAUAAGUUUCAGGAUAAUAAGGCACUUUAUACAGUAAUAUUUUGAAGUAAAUAAAUCGUGUUAGUUGAGAUUAUUUCAUUAAUAUCGUAUCUAAUAAAUAAAACUCCUCACGAUUACUUCGUAGCAUCUUACUUUCUAAGAAUUUCAGUGUCGCAACAUUGGUGCCGUUACCAUUUACCAUAUUUAUGUGCAUUAUUAUUAUUAGCAGUGUUUGACAAGGUAUGAUUAAGUAUUUAGGAAUUUAGAAUAGACAUUGUUUUAACCCAUAAAUGCAUGAUUUAAAAAAUUACUACUACUACUUGGCGUUUGGUUUAAAAGUGCGUUCAGAAACUUAAGCUUUUUUCUGUUGAAUCUGUGAGCUGUCCAAUGCUUUGUAUACAUUUGGCAACAAUGUGCAUUUAAGAGUUAAAUUGAAACUGAAAAUAUGAAUGAAUAAACAAAACUUCCGUGAGACACAGACAUAUUAAAUAUAUUAAUAACGGGUCACUCACGUAUUUCCGGUUUGUCAACGUCAACGCAAGCUCCUGAUGGCAUUUCUCGGUACGGAGUGAAAUAUGUCGAGCGUUUUUCGACUUAAAAUACGUGAGUGACCCGUUAUUAAUAUAUUUAAUAUGAAUGAAUAAACUUAAUAACUAGAUAAUAUAUUAGUUUUAGUUGCCAGGUAUGUAGAUACCGUAUCAGUUAACUGUCCAAAAGGGAAUAAAAACGCAAGUAAAUAUGCCUAUGUUAUAUUAAGAUUUUGGUAAUAUUGUCGGAUAAAAUCGUAGAAUAAUAGCAUACAAUCAAUUAACAUGUUCAUAUUAUAUGGAUCGCUUUUUGACUACAGGGAUGUUUAUGUUUAUAUAAACUCACGCGAAAUAUGUAUACUGACUAGUGAUCCCUGUAUCCAUAGCGUUAAAGUUCAUUUUAUUUAAAACAAUCUUGCCAUUCAAUGUACUGGAUUUCUCAUUUACAUCAACGCCAGCAUUUUUUUUUUUCGUAACUGCGUAAAAACUGGUAAAUAUUGUAUAGAAAUUUUGUCAGAUUUUUUCUUCUAUAAUUAGUCUGUAUUUACAAGUGCUUUUGUAUUUAUGCAACAAGUGCGGAAAGUGUAUAAUUUCCGACGAUAGAAAUUUUGUUCACGAGCGAGCAAAGCGAGCGAGCGUAUAAAGGAAUACGAGUCGGAAAUCAUCUUUACGCACGUGUAUCAUACAAUGUUUACUAUGCAUUGUGCGAGUAAAUAAAAAAACAUAUCAUGGCAAAUAAGUUUAAUUAUUAAAAAAUUGAAAACAAAAAGCACUAGUGCGGAAAAGUAGUACUUUCCGCAUGAUAUGGCUCCGUAGAAAACGCACUUUUCGAGCACAUGCAUUGUAAAAGAUAAAUUAAUAUCAUACAGUAAAUUGAAUUCAUACUUUAAAAAAAACAUACCUACAUACUUAAAUAAAGUUUCAUACAAAUAGAAUACGUCACUAUUUAUUAAUUUAGUUGUAGUAUUUUUUUAUUAAUUUAUAUUUGACGUUAUUUUAUAAGAAUAGUUACUCCUAGACUUAUAUUUACCGGGAUAUGGACCGUGACCUUUUGUAUUGUUUUCGAGCUCCCAUUAUUUCGACGCAGUUACAAUUCAUUUUCUUCACGGGUAACUAAAGAUGGCGGAUGGUCUAUAUCGCGGUCAAUAUAAGUCUAGUGAAACUAACCGUGAAUUAUUCAAAACUGUUAGUUACUCCUAGUUUCGGAGAUCAACUAUUAUGUGACAAUAAUAGUCAUUAAAUGACUUUAUACUUAUUAAAAAUACUUAUAAUAUUAAAACAGUGUAAUGUAUAUAUGUAUAAUUUUAUACAAAUGUGUUGUGAUCGUAAGUGUGUUUGUGAUAGUAAUGGUAAGAAUCAUGUGAUCAUUAAAUUAUGAUGUUAUUACUAACUAGAAUAAUUUAACAAACUGUGAUUUGAUAAAGUCGAAAAUUAAUAAAUAUAAUUUGAAUUGAA